AUGGACCAGAAGAUUUUGGACUGAAUUAGAAGCUACACGUGAGCUAUCCAGAAUUAGGCUGCAUGUUGAUAUGGAUGCUUUUUAUGCUGCUGUUGAAACUGUGAGUGAUCCUUCCCUCAAAGGCAAGCCGAUGGCUGUUGGAGGCUUUUCCAUGGCUGCUAAUUAUGAGGUAAGGAAGUUUGCGGUCCGUGCUGCAAUGCAUGGCUUCAUUGCUCGUAAAUUGUGUCCAGAUUUGAUAUUUGUUCCUGUAGAUUUCACUAAGAACUAUGAUCCUCACUUCAUUGCUGGGAGCUUGGAUGAAGCCUACCUUGACAUAACUGAGGUUUGUCAAGAAAGAGGUCUUUCAGGUGGAGAAGGAACUAUUACUAAGUUCAUCGUUCAAAAGGAUUCUUCAAGACAAGAUUUGGAUGAUAAUGACUCAUUUGACUUAGAUGCUAGUAAAAAUUGCUUAGAGGAACGACAAGAAAACUCUGAUUUUCAUCUCGCUCAGAGACUUCAAAACGAAGAAUCUGGCUCUAGUUCUUCCACAACACCAUCAAAACGAAGGAUUCUCGGAAAGGAAAAGGUAAAUUCCAAGCCAAAGAAGCAGAAACCAGAUCAAAAGGACAGUAGCAAACACAUCCCAAUACACACAUUCUUCACAAAAAAGCAAUCAAAACUCAAUCUCUCACCCUCCAAUUCCCUCGGCGAUCCCAAAUCAUUACCGUCGAUGUCCGACAUCCUGACGUCAUCAAGAGUUGAAAAAGCUACACGUGAGCUAUCCAGAAUUAGGCUGCAUGUUGAUAUGGAUGCUUUUUAUGCUGCUGUUGAAACUGUGAGUGAUCCUUCCCUCAAAGGCAAGCCGAUGGCUGUUGGAGGCUUUUCCAUGGCUGCUAAUUAUGAGGUAAGGAAGUUUGCGGUCCGUGCUGCAAUGCAUGGCUUCAUUGCUCGUAAAUUGUGUCCAGAUUUGAUAUUUGUUCCUGUAGAUUUCACUAAGAACUAUGAUCCUCACUUCAUUGCUGGGAGCUUGGAUGAAGCCUACCUUGACAUAACUGAGGUUUGUCAAGAAAGAGGUCUUUCAGGUGGAGAAAUUGCAAAGGAGCUUAGAUCUUCUGUUUAUUUCGAGAAAGGACUGGACAGACAUGCAGUGCUAGAGUAGCAGCAAACCGCUUGCUAGCCAAGGUUCUCUUUAUAUGUGCAUGACCUCCUAUACUUACAUGUGUCAGUGUGAUCUAUAUUAUUAUUUUACAAAAAGAAGUGUUCUUUAUCUAGCCCUACUAUGUUUCAGGUUUGCUCAGACAUCAACAAGCCUAAUGGACAGUUUGUUCUACAAAAUGACCGAUCAACUGUCAUGACAUUCGUAUCAACUGUCCCUCCCUGUAAGAAAGGUAUGUGUUCCCC